AUGAUGCCAAAUCCAUCUCAAACACCUUCUUAUUCUUCUACUCCACAUGGUAAUGAAGUUGUUCCAAAUGUUGGAGCAACUGAAUUUCCUGAAUUUUCUAAACAAAUGGCUCUUGGUGGUAUGAGCGGUCUUAAUGAAGCGACUCCAAAUGCAGAUGAUUCAACUUCUACUCGUCGGAAAAGCCCCAAGUGGGCCACUGCGCAAAAUUUGGUGUUACUGAGCGGGUGGAUUAAAUAUGGAACAGACAGUGUUAUUGGCCGAAACCAAAAAAGCGACGCAUAUUGGGGUAAAAUUACAGAGUAUUGUAAUGAGCAUUGCUCAUUUGAUCCUCCAGGGGAUUUGAUAUCCUGCAGAAAUCAUUUCAACUACGUAAACAAAAUAUUGGGGAAAUGGAUCGGUGCUUAUGAUAAUGCUAAACGUCUACAACAAAGCGGGUGGUCGGAGAACGAUAUAUUGGCGAAAGCACAUGAGCUUUAUUCAGGUGAAAAGAAUGGACAUUUUAAUUUAAUGUCUGAAUGGCUCGCUGUCCAUGAUCAACCACGUUAUGGUAGUCAGGUAGGAGGAAAUACUGGCUCUGGGAGCAGUGGAUCUAAGAGAAGAAGAUACUUCAAGAGAGAUCAUGCAGCUGCAAAUCAAAGGCUGGUUGACGACUACUUUUCCAAUCAACCUACAUAUGACGAUGCAAUGUAUCGUCGACGAUUCCGGAUGCGAAAACAUGUUUUCCUCUGGAUUGUUGGGGAUCUAUCAAGCAGUGACGACUACUUCACCCAGCGAUUUGACGCAGCUAAUAAAGAAGGUAUAUCUCCAUUAGAAAAAUGUACCACGGCCAUGCAAAUGUUAGCAUAUGGUGUUGCAGCCGACGCGGUGGAUGAAUACAUCAAAAUUGGAGGUACUACAGCUUUGGAGUGCUUGCGUAGAUUCUGUAAGGGAAUCAUACAAUUGUAUGAGCAAGUGUAUCUCAGAGCCCCAACUCAAGAUGACCUGCAGAGAAUUUUGCAUGUUAGUGAAAAACGAGGGUUUCCGGGGAUGAUUGGGAGUAUUGAUUGUAUGCACUGGGAAUGGAAAAAUUGUCCUACAGCGUGGGAAGGACAAUUUACUCGGGGAGAUAAGGGAACCACCACCAUGCUUUUUUUUGGAUGUCCCGGCACAUUAAACGAUAUAAACGUUCUAGAUCGUUCAUCAGUGUUCGAUGAUGUUGAACAAGGAAAUACUCCAAGAGUGAACUUUUUCGUGAACCAACGUCCGUAUAAUAUGGCGUAUUAUCUAGCUGACGGUAUCUAUCCUUCUUAUCCUACUUUCAUCAAAUUGAUUAGGCUUCCUCAAAGUGAACCGAACAAGUUAUUUGCACAAGUUCAAGAGGGUUGCCGGAAGGACAUCGAACAUGCAUUCGGAGUGUUGCAUGCUCGAUUUAAAAUCAUUCGUGAACCAGCUCGUAUGUGGGACAUUUCCGAUUUGGCUAUUAUAAUGAGGUCAUGUAUCAUAUUGCAUAACAUGAUUGUUGAAGAUGAACGAGAUACAUAUGCUCAACACUGGACUGACUAUGAUCAAUCUGAGGCAAGUGGAUCUAAUGCACCACAACCAUUCUCGACUGAAGUGCUACCUGCAUUUGCAAAUCAUGUACGUGCUAGAUCGGAAUUGGAAUUGCGUGAUUCCAAUGUGCAUCAUGAAUUGCAAGCAGAUUUAGUCAAACACAUAUGA